AUGCCGGGUGGCCAGACGGCCGCCUUGGCGACUGCGGCCGGUGGUGGUCGCCGCCCCACUUGCGAAGGAGCCAAGGCGAGGCGGCCUCGCGUGACCCUCGAGCCCCGGGGGCGCGCGGGCGACGGCGCCGCCGGCCCCGCGGGGGAGGGAGCGCGACCGGGGUGGCGCCGCCGCCGUCCUGCUACCUGCCGCACCCCAACCGGCCCGGUCACCCCCCGAGAGCUGCGGAAAGGACUGUUUAAAGAGGGCUGGUCGGCGCGAGGGGCCGUGAUGCCGUGCAGCGGCGUCGGGAGUGCGUCCUCCAGCUGCCAGCCCGCUAGCCACGCCCCCGGUGCCGCCGCCGCCGCGCCGCCGCCCGCCCGACGCCGCCGCCCCCCGCGCGCCAUGGCCCCGCAGCAGCCGUGGAAGCACAGUAAAUGGCGGCGUGACCGGAAGAUCGACAGAUAG